AUGGCGCUGGAGGCAUCGCAGAUUGUCUCGUGCGGGGAAUCGCUGCUACGCUGCAGCGUACACGAGGGCAGACUGAUGGUCACGCGCAGCAGGUUCGAGCGCGCUACUGCCGAGUUCGUCGUGAAACAGACGUGCUGGUUCCCCGAUGGCGAGGCGGCGCCCGAUAGAGGGCGCCCGUGUCGGCUGUCGCUGCUCGACUGCGGCGCGUUCGCGGAGGUGGCGUACGUCGUCGUGGCGCGAGGUGGCGCCCCCUGUGAGGUGGUCGUGCUGCGCGCCACGCCGUGCGCGCGCGAACGAACGCUCGCCGCCGCCGCCGACGACGUGCGGCUCGACGUCUGCUUCGCGGCGGCGCCCCCUGCCGGCUGCUCCUCGUGCCCGUGUCUCAUCGCCGGCCCCUGCCUGCUGUGGGCGGCCGACGGCGGCGGCGGCUGCGAGCUCGCUGCGGAUGCGGUCGUCCUGUGGUCGGGCGUCGUCGCCGGCAACGCCGCGCUGGCGUUCGUGAGGUCGGCUGCCGGCGGCGGCGUGGCGUUGAUCCGAGUGACGGACGGCGAACCGGCGGUGGCCGACGUCGCGGACUACGUGACGGCGGCGCACGCCGCAGCAACGACGGCGCUAGACGUCGUGGCCGCGCGCGACUGGUCGCCGCGGGGGCGCCACCACGGCGUGCUGGCGUUGGCGGCGACCUCGCUCGCGCAGCUCGUAGAGUUUGCCGACGGCCGGCCGCGCCGCUGCUGCCGACUGCCGUUCCGCGACGCCGCCGCCGUCCUGCGGCUCCGCGGCCGCGCGGGACAGCGCCACCUGGCGGUGCGGUCGGCGUCGGGCGACGUCGCCGUCGUCGCGUACGAGGAGUUCCGCGUGGUCACGCCGCGCGAGCCGCUAGAGGGCGUCGCCGCGGCCGUCGUCGGCGACUUUCUCGGCGACGGCAACGAGCAGCUGCUCUGUUGUCUGCGUGCUGGCGCGGCGACUGUGGCGCCCCCGUGCGGCAACAACUGGAUCCUCACCGACCUUCAAGGUGUCAGGUUGACGAGCGGCGGCGGUGCGGCGGCGCGCGUGAACGCGUGCGAACCCGAGAGCUUGAGGAAGGCGGCGGCAGCGCUGGAGCGGCGGCGGCGCGACCGGCAGCGGCUGAUCGCGAGCAGCUGGGCGGCGAUACGGAGAACGGUUGCCGGCGGCAACGACGACGACGACGACGACGAGCCCGGGAUCGGACUCGUACCCCUGUUCGGGGAUCGGGCGGCGAGCGCGGCGCCCCCUGGCGGCGGCGCGAGGCGGCUCACCGUGCAGCGGCGAUGGGUGCGGGUCGUGAGAGAGACGCUUGUCGUCGGCGUGGAGCUGCUGAACGAGGGCGCCACCGCAGCGUCGUCGCUCUCGCUCUCGCUCGCCGCCUCGCGCAGCGCUGCCUGCACGUCGCACAGCCGCGUCGUGAAGAUCACCGGCAGGGGGCGCUACCAGCAGCACGCGGCGCCGGCGGAAGGCGGCGUUCUCGCGUUGCUGAAGCGCGAGAUUCGCGCCUCGCAGCGAUCGCUGAAGCGCCAGCGGACGGAGGCGGAGGAGGAGGAAGGGGAGGGGGUGUACGUCGCGGGCUGUCAGGCUGGGUGGGAGGAGCUGCGAGCGGGGGAGCGCGGCUGCGUGGUCGCGCGCACGCCCCUCCCCGACUUCACGUCCGACGUCGUCACGUACGAUGCCGUCGUCAGCUACGUGUGCGGCGGCGGCGGUGAGGUGGCGACCGUGUGUGCCACCCUGGCAGUGUGUGCCAACGACAUUGCUGCCAUGCAGGCGCGCCUCCCCGCGACAAACACCGCGCGGGAGAAGGUUGGGAACACUUCUGCGCGAAAGGAGAAGGUUGGGAUAACUCCCACGCAAGCGGAGAAGGUUGGGAUAACUCCCACGCAAGCGGAGAAGGUUGGGAUAACUCCCACGCAAGCGGAGAAGGUUGGGAGCACUCCCACGCAAGAGGAGAAGGUUCGGAGCACAACCGCACUGGAGGAGAUGGAUUGGAGCGCAGUCGCGGGGGAGGAAGAGGAUCGGAGCACGACUGCACAGAAGGAGAAGGCUUGGAGCACUUCCACGCAGGACGAGGAGGUUCGGAGCACGGUCGCACAGGAGGAGGUCCGGAGCACGGUCGCACAGGAGGGUCGCAGCACAGUCGCACAGGAGGAGGGUUGCAGCAUGGUCUCACAGGAGGGUUGCAGCAUGACGGCGUGGGAGGAGGAGGAUCGCAGCACGGCUGCACUGAACCUCGUUCAGACUGCAGUGAGAGUCGACGUGCGAUCACUGCACACCAACCUCGCGCGCAUCAUGCCCGCCCUGCUCGACGACGCCAUCGUCGCCGGCGAGUGGCUCCACUGCCAGGGGGCGCUGCUCGGUGCGCGGCUGCAUCUGUUGGAGACGCGUCGACGCAGAGUAGCGGCCGUCAUGUACGGCUGGAGCGCCUCCCAGGUGGCGCUGCUCGCGCGGGAGUUGUACGCAAAGUUGCCAGCAGAUGUCAGCAUCGUCCCCCGCGAUACAUGACAAUCAUAACUGUCGAUUUGAAAAAGGAGAGAAGGUAAUGAAUGUAAUUUUGUGACUGUCGAAUCAGGGGUGUAUCAUACCUGCUAUUUAAAUGAUUUGUUUGUGAUAGAAUAUUAGGAGAGAAUAUAGUCAACCAUGCAUAUACCGAGUGCAUUCCUGUUUUAAUUGGUUGAUGAAACACUAUAUUUUGCAGUUUUAUUGAUGUGCAACUGUCCGAAUUGUAACUUAGAAAUUAAAUUUGUAUAUUUUCAUGUAAGUAAUCUGGCAUUUAAUCCUGUCAUGGAAAUCCGCAGAUAGGAACCAAACCAUUGUGGUCCCUACAAUAUGUGUGAAACCCGAGCUAGGCCACACAACAGUAUCACAGCAUAACGAACCUGCCAUGUACAGAUCGUUCGUCUGAUAUUAGCAUGUACUGUACGAAAUCCGGUAUAUUGUAUUGAUGCGUUUAGGCCUGGUGAGACUGCUGUGUGUGAGGCUGACUGUAUUAUAAUAGAUUAAAUGAGAAAAGGAUUUUAAUAUAAUUUGAAUUGUGACUGAGACGAAACGAAUGUUGUAGUGAAACUAUUCUAUUGUAUGUUAAUAUUUAAAGGCCAAUAAAGGCUUCUGUCAUUGCAACCCCA